GUCUUCCCUCAAACCAGCUGAGCUACUUCUGCUCCUUUGACUUGUCAUGAGGCUGCCUUUGAUGGGCAGAAGCACCCCAAUAUUCACAGUCACCUCAAAAGCAGAGCCCAAAGCCUUCCCCAUCUUUGGUAAAAUAGGGCAGGCUUGGCUUUUGAUCAUCUAAGUUUUCCUCUGGAAGGAGGAGGAGCUGUCUAGCCACGGGUUCAUUGACUCCCUGCCCAGCAGGAAUGUUUGCUUGGCUACAGCCAAGCCACCUCUGAUGACUGUAACAGGCAGCCCUCUCUCUUUUGAUAUACUAUCAGCUGGAUUUAUCAACACAACCUCCCACUCCAGCACUCCUGACCAUCUCUCCCUGCAGAGGAGAGGGCCGCGUGGGAGCUGAGCUCACCUAUUGGUUCAAGGGACCUUAAAAGGAAGUUUUAAAACUACUUAGGUUUUUGGUCUGUGCAGGAAGUCUGGGCUAAAAAAAGAAAAAAAAAGAAAAAGACAGCAGCAUAAUUACUCUGGCACGCCUGCAUUCCUGCCCCAGGCUGAGGCGGGGAGGGACUCCUUCUUGUCAGAGCCAGGAAGAGGAUCUGAUCCCUGGAGAUCAUUGCCACAAACCUGUGUAUCUGAAACCUGCAGCCAUGCUGAAACAGAUACUAUCAGACAUGUACAUCGAUCCUGACCUGCUGGCAGAACUCAGUGAGGAGCAGAAGCAGAUCCUUUUCUUCAAGAUGAGGCAGGAACAGAUAAGACAGUGGAAGGAAAGAGAAGCUGCUGCCGACAAAGCUCCAGCAAAGAGGCCAUUGCCAAAAAAAGUCAAUGGGAAGUCGGUGACAUGGAAGCUCGGCGCUGACAACGAUGUCUGGGUCUGGGUGAUGGGUGAGCAUCCUUCAGACAAAUCAUAUGCAGCCAUCUGUGAAGAGAUCCAGGCACAAAGGGCAAAGAGGUUAGCAGGAGAGCAAGGCAAGGAGGGCAGUGAGACUGACUCUUCUGUAGCACAGUCUCUGCAUCCCCAGCCAGGAGUCCUGGGUGAAACAGAUCUUCUUGGGAACAAAAAAAGCACUGUGGAGGAAGAGAAGAAAGAUGGGAGAAAAAGUGCUGCUGCUGCUACAACAGGGAAAAGCUGGGAGGUCACAAAGAGAAAAACCAGGGAUGUUCACCAGAUGCUGGCAGACUGCUACUUGAGGAAGCCUGGCUUCCAACAGGCAAAGGAAGCACAGAGGAGAAAUUCAGGAGAAGAGACUACAGCCCCCCGGGGGGCAACACCACAGAGCCACCCCAGCUCAGAGAGCCAGAGGACACUGCAGAAAUUGGAUGAGAAUGAGCCUGAAUGGCAGGAAUCCUUGCGGAAAUCCAAGGCAGCAGAUGAGAAGAGGAGGUCCCUUGCACAGCAAGCUAGGGAUGACUACAGGAGGCUUUCACUGCAGGGCAUCCACAGAGGAAAGCAGGAGGAUAUUUCCAAGGGUGCCACAGCAAGAGAUCAGCGACCACUCCAAUAUCCACCUCUUCCCCCCAAGCCUAAGCUUCUCCCUCCUCCGUUGGCAAACGGGAGAGUGGUUGGGAAAGAGGGGAUCCAGAGGACAAUCUCCAGUUCCACCAAAGAAAGCAUCAUCAAGUGGUUCAAAGAGGAGCAAUUCCCUCUCCGAGCUGGCUACCAGAAAACCACGGACACGAUAGCACCUUGGUUCCAUGGUAUCCUAACCUCUAAGAAAGCUGAGGAUCUUCUGAAUAAAAGAGCACCAGGAAGUUUUCUGGUCCGAGUCAGUGAGAAAAUGAAAGGCUAUGUGCUCUCCUAUCGCUCUGUGGAAGGCUGCAAACACUUCCUCAUUGAUGCCUCCAGUGAUUCCUACAGCUUUCUUGGAGUGGACCAGCUGCAACAUUCAACACUGGCUGACCUUGUAGACUAUCACAAGGAAGAACCCAUCACUUCCUUGGGGAAGGAGCUUUUGCUUUACCCGUGUGGACAAGAGGACCAAGAAGCAGAUUAUUUCUGUCUCUUUGAGUGAACCCCCAUGCUGGUAUUCCCAAAGAUGCAACUUCAAACUAGAGCUGCUGAUGUUACCUGCAAUGGUUGCCAUAAGUGCCUCUAUUUUAUAAACUUCACAAGAAAGCACUGGGAGGAUAAGCAGUGUUGUGGGCUUGUUGUAUUGACUGAGUUUAAAGGAUGCAUCAGCUCAGCAAGCUGCAAAGGACCUGGACAGUGGAGUACCCUACACUGUGGCGUAAAAGAGGUGGUGGAGUAAUCAGUUGAACAGAGCCUGCCAUCUAUUUUCAGUGUGAAGAUUUCCUGGGGGACUUCUGUAUUUGAGCUGCCUUUUUUCUUGAAGGAAAGGUUGUGUGCCAUGUGAUAAAGAGAUCAAGAUCUA